UUGAUCGUUCAAUUCCCUCACUCUCUUGAUCUGAGAUUGAUCGAGACGAUCGAUUACUCCUGAAAAAAUCUCAAUCGGUAUAUGAAAUUUUGGGUUCUGAAAUGGAGCAAUUUCGGCAGCUUGGAGAGGCAUUGGGAAGUGUAAAAGCCCUCAUGCUAUUCAAAGAUAGCGUUCAUUUGAAUCAGAGGCAAUGCUGUUUGUUGCUCGAUUUUUUGAGCUUUGCGUAUGAUUCAGUAGCUGAGGAGAUGAAACAGAAUCUUCGAUUCGAAGAGAAGCAUACUAGAUGGAAGGUUUUGGAUCAGCCAUUAAGAGACUUAAACAGGGUAUUCAAAGAAGCAGAAUGGUAUAUCAGGCAGUGUUUGGAAACAAAAGAUUGGUGGGCAAAAGCCAUUAUGCUAUAUCAGAACACAGAUUGUAUUGAACUCCAUAUUCAUAAUCUGUUGUACAGCAUUACGGUUGUCGUCGAAGCCAUCGAAACAGCUGGGGAGAAUUCUGGUAGUGAUCACGAUGAUAUGCUGAAGAAAAGAUUAAUCAACUCCAUCAAAUACAGGAGAGAGCACAAGGAUUUGAAGAUUUUCAAGUGGAAAUUUGGGAAACAAUACCUUAUUACUCAAGAUUUCUGUAAUCGGAUGGACGCGGUUUGGAAUGAAGAUAGAUGGGUUCUACUCAAUAAGAUCCGGGAGAAGAAAUUCACAGCUUCAUCCAAGUAUGAGCAAAGAUUAACGGAUCUUCUUCUGAAAAACUUAGAUGGGCCAGAAUCUUUGAAUGGAAAGCUAUUGCCAAGUUCAAUGCUAGUAGGAUCAAGGGAUUACCAGGUAAGGAGAAGAUUAGGGGGUGGGAGUCAAUACAAAGAGAUUCUCUGGUUAGGGGAAAGUUUUGCUAUGAGACACUUUUUUGGGGAAAUUGAAUCCUUAAUUCCAGAGAUAUCGAUGCUCUUAUCUCUUUCUCAUCCAAACAUCACAAGAUUUCUUUGUGGGUUUACUGAUGAGGAAAAGAAAGAGUGUUUCUUGAUUAUGGAACUUAUGAGUAGAGAUUUAUCAAGCUAUGUAAAGGAGAUUUGUGGCCCUCGUAAGAGAAUGCCAUUUCCCCUUCCUGUAGCUCUAGAUUUGAUGCUUCAGAUUGCAAGAGGAAUGGAAUAUCUCCACUCAAAGAAAAUCUAUCAUGGGGACCUAAAUCCUUGUAACAUUCUGGUUAAGCCAAGAGCUUAUUCUACAGACGGCUAUGUCCAUGCCCAGGUCUCAGGGUUUGGCCUGCCUGUCGUCAAGUUUAAGAACUCUUCCAAUCAGAAUGAAUCCCUCCCAUUCAUAUGGUAUGCUCCAGAAGUUUUAGAAGAACAGGAUCAAUCAGGAAGUGCUGAGAGUUCCAAGUAUACAGAGAAAUCGGAUGUGUAUAGUUUUGGCAUGGUUUGUUUUGAAGUUCUAACUGGGAAAGUCCCUUUUGAGGAUAGCCAUCUUCAAGGGGACAAAAUGAGUCGAAACAUUAGAGCAGGAGAAAGGCCACUUUUUCCUCAUAGUAUGCCAAAAUAUGUAACGAACUUGACAAAGAGAUGUUGGCAUACUGACCCAAAUCAAAGGCCGAGCUUUCCAUCCAUUUGUAGGAUUCUUCGAUAUACAAAGCGAUUUGUUGCAAUGAAUCCUGACUACAACAGCCAGACCGAUCCUGCUAUGCCAACGGUAGAUUACUGUGACAUUGAGUCAGGUUUGUUGAGGAGGUUGCCAUCUUGUGGAAUAAGUGAGGCCUCAUCAGCAAUUACAGAUAUCCCAUUUCAGAUGUUUGCUUACAGGAUCGUUGAAAAAGAGAAAGCUGGUGCCAACAUUAAAGACACCUCAGAAUCAGGAAGUGAUGCCUCGGCAUGUGGGGAUGAAACAACAUCAUCAGUAGAUGAUCCUUUCCCAACGCUGGUUGAAAAAAAACUACCAGUUUCGCGGGAAGGAACGACCAGGAGGCUUUCAUUGACUAAGAACAAUUCUGAUAUUAAACUGAACAAGCUACCAGGUACACCAAAAGGACGAUUUUCAAGGCCUCCGCAAAUUAGUCCUCGUGGGCGUAGUAUGCGUAUGAAUUCCGAAAGCCAGCUUAUGGCAAUGAGUCCAAAGGUUAGAAGAUUGUCUGGCCAUGCCUCAGAUUCUGAGCUACCCUAA